CGCUUUUACAUUUUUACUCCUUCCCAAGGCCUAGGAUCUUCGUGUGAGGUCAUCAUCCUACCACCCCUACCACACAACAAGGAAUAAAACACAAAUCUGGACGCGAUGUCUGCUCAACCCAACCCCAAGGCUUUCCCUUUGGCCAAUGCCCAGCUCACCAACCAGAUUCUCGACUUGAUCCAGCAGGCUCAGCAUUACAAGCAGCUCAAGAAGGGUGCCAACGAAGCCACCAAGACCCUUAACCGAGGUAUCUGCGAAUUCAUUGUCAUGACCGCCGAUGUCGAGCCUAUUGAGAUCGUCCUCCACCUUCCCCUCCUCUGUGAGGACAAGAACGUCCCCUAUGUCUUUUUGCCUUCCAAGACUGCUCUCGGUAGGGCUUGCGGUGUUUCUAGGCCUGUUAUCGCCGCCAGUGUUACCACCAAUGAGGCUAGGGAGUUGAACGCCCAGAUCCAGGCUGUCAAGAACGAGAUUGAGAAGCUCCUCAUCUAAGUUUUGGACAUAGCUCAAAUGAUGAUGUUUGGUUUAAAUGGAAAACCCCAAAGUUUUGGCAGAAUGAUUUGAGACUUUAGCUAGUCUUGAUGCAUUUUUUCAUCGCA